UUGCCACACUUUUCAGGUAAAUUUCCUGCUUCUCCAUAGUUAAGCUCAGUGUUUUGUCACAUAAGAGAUUGAAUAUGGUUUUAAAUUUAGAAAAUGCUAAAAUACAUGCAAAUAUAACUGAAAUCGUUGCAAGUUUGUUUCUGGAACAUUCCAGAUAAGUUUGUAACUUCAUAACCAUGCUUGAAGUUUAUUCUCAUUUUACUGAGCACCAAUGUUUGCAUGGUCCGCUUGCUGCUGACUUCUAAUUCCUUGCUUGUCCCGCUCGGCCCUGUGCGCUGCGGCCUGUCGCUUGUGGUCCAUCACAGAGCAUCACUCUCCCAGUUGGGGUCCGCGCUAACGAGCCACCGCCUCCUCCUUUGUUUUUUGGAGGGGAUUUAGCCUGGGGCGCGCUGACCACUGGACACGGCCAUGGAUUAUAACCAUGCAGCCAACAAGGGUUAACUGGGCAGAACCCAGGAGAUACCAGGGUUUUGUUUUGCGUUGAGUUGAGCAGGGUGUAGGGAAGAAGACGCUUCUCCAGUGGGGCCAAUUACGCUUUGAGAUGUGCUGAAGAUAGCGGGACGAAGCACCACUGAGAGCACUUUCACUCUGUAAACCUGGAAGCCUUGGCUACCAAUGACGGUCACCUACACGGCCAGAGUAGCAAAUGCUCGCUUCUGUGGCUUUUCCAAAUUGCUCUUGGCUUGGAAAGGCAGCAUCUACAAGGUGCUUUACAAGGAGUUCCUGGCUUUCUUUGCCAUGUAUACAGCCAUCAGCAUCACUUACAGAUUUUUCCUCUACGAAGAUCAGAGGAGGUAUUUUGAAAAGCUGGCAAUUUACUGCAACCGCUAUGCCAGUCUCAUCCCCAUGUCCUUUGUGCUGGGUUUCUACGUGACCCUAGUGGUGAACCGCUGGUGGAACCAGUACACCAGCAUCCCGCUGCCCGACAGGCUCAUGUGCGUCCUGUCCGGGGGCCUCCAGGGAAACGACGAGCGAGGUCGCUUGCUGAGACGAACUUUGAUGCGCUAUGCCAGCCUCUCAGCCCUGCUCAUCCUCCGCUCUGUCAGCACCGCCGUCUUUAAACGGUUCCCCACCAUGGACCAUGUGGUGGAGGCUGGAUUUAUGUCCAGAGAAGAGAGAAAAAAGUUCGAGGGUCUCCAUUCUCCUUACAACAAAUACUGGAUCCCAUGUGUCUGGUUCACCAACCUGGCAGCUGUGGCCCGCUGUGAAGGCAGAAUCAAAGAUGAUCACACAUUCAAGCUUCUCCUAGAGGAGCUAAAUGGUUUCAGAGGGAAGUGCAGCAUGCUGUUUCAUUAUGACAUGAUCAGCGUGCCCCUCGUGUACACUCAGGUGGUGACUUUGGCAGUGUACAGUUUCUUCCUGGUGUGUCUGAUCGGCCGUCAGUUCCUAGACCCGAGUCAGGGCUACCCGGGUCAUGACCUGGACCUCUAUGUGCCCACAUUCACACUCCUGCAGUUCUUCUUUUACGCAGGGUGGCUCAAGGUUGCGGAGCAGCUGAUCAACCCUUUUGGAGAAGAUGAUGAUGAUUUUGAGACCAACUGGUUGAUCGACAGAAACUUUCAGGUUUCCAUGAUGGCUGUGGAUGAGAUGUACGGAGAUCUGCCGGUGAUGGAGCGAGACCGUUACUGGAACGACUCCAACCCCCGCCCCCCGUACACGGCGGCUACGCUUUUUGUCCUCCGCAAACCCUCCUUUCAGGGCUCCACCUUCGACAUGGCGAUCCCAAAGGAGGAGAUGCACUUUCAGCCAUUGGAGGACAUAGCUGAGAAUCUGGAGGAAUCAAACAGCCGCCACCCCAACAUGGCUCUCUUUAAUCGACUUCUCAAUGUGGCUCCGUCCCCAUCUGGCUUCAUGGGAGGAGCUCUGCGCCGCACCUCGGCUCAGCUCCAGCGGCUCUACCACUCACCCAGCACAGACAGGUGCUCCAGUGAUGAUGAAGAGGAGGAUGAAGAGAAAAGCUGUAAAAUAGGCAAAGGAGGAUCACUGCCAUCAGGGCUGGGCCAGGACCCCCAGAGCACCGUCUGCAGCUUCAGGGAGGAGAAGAGUACAAGGACUCCGCUGGUGGAUGUUGAGUUUGGUGAGGAUCAGGAAAGAGCAGGUGAAAGCAGGGAUGUAACAUCAGUUAAAGGGGUUCAGAGGGCCGAAGAGGAACCAGAGAAGACUUCCAGAGCUCUGGGCUCAUCGCUUGCUCCUCCACCUCGGUCCUCCAGAGAUACAUCAGCUCCUCCUGCCUCUGCCUUUACUUUCACCUCACGCCCCCUUUCAGCUUUCCUUUUUCCCUCUACUGCCCAGUCAGGUCUGGAACACUGCAGCUCACAGCCAGCAAUCAGUCUUCCUAAGGCUACGUCCGGCAUUCCUAAACCACCUUCCACUGGAAACCAAAUGUCCCUCCUCGCUGUGCCGUCUUACGUCGAGCCUCAGCGUUUGCGCAGUGUGAGCGUAGGCUCUGAGUUCACAGCAUCCUGAAGUCAGCAAGCUGGGAUAUUCACCCAAACCUUGGUUAUCUGAGCCCACAGAGGUUUUAUUCAAUAGGUAUAACAAAUCACUGCUGUCGAACUUGCUGCUGCUCUUGAUCCUCCUCCUUAAGGACCACAUAGCUGGAGCUUAAAUUAAUUAGGUUAUAUCAUAAUAGAUUCCUUGAUUUCUUCCCCCCUAACGCUAGUUUUUAUGCUAAUUUAUAGUACCAACACUAAAAUCUUCUAUAAUAUUUCUAAAGGAACUCUGUCAUUUUGUUAAAUCCAUUUGUUUGCUGUUUAUGUACAACAAACUAAUUUGCUGCAUAUGCAUGUAAAAAAAUGCACA